AUGGAAAUCAAGCCGUCUCAAGUUGCUGCCAUCGCAUUCAUGCUGGGCUACACUAUUUUUGGACUGAUCUGUAUAAAACUGGUCUAUACUCGUAUGCAUUGUAAGAGUCCAUUUUACUUUACGGAAUAUCAUUCGACGUUGCCAGUUAUUAGAACACAUACAAAUGUCACUCUGGUUGAGCCACCACAAGCUCUAUUCGACGAUCGUUAUUGUGCUGGUAGCCUACAUGGAUUUUUUAGUAGCUUGUCCACGUUUAUUUUAGGUUAUGCUGUUGUUAUUUAUCGUCUUUUGAAUGGUACUCGCACACGAUUUGUUAAACUAGUACAUGCGGGUCUGCAUGGAAUUGCAUUGGUUCUGUUUGUCGUUGGCUACCUCUUUCUAUUUUUUGCAGAGUACAUGAUACUCCAUGAUUUGAAUCGAUUUCACGCCAUUACUUCAAUGUUCGCAAGUUAUAUGUUUUUGUUACAGCUUGCUGUUGGUCUGUCCGUUUUUCUCUUUCAAAGAAAUGUACAACUUCGUCUGAUGUUUGCUCCAUUCCAUGAUGUUUUCGGCAUCUGGUUACUUAUUAUAUUGGUGGCUUGUUGCUUGUCGGGCAAACGGAACACCCAAAUAGACUAUGAAUUGAAUAAUCAAUAUGCCUACUAUAGCCUGACAUUUGUUUCGUACUCUUUUGUCUUGAUAGUGGUUUUAAAUCCAUAUUUUGAAUGGGACUUGGUAUGA